AGAGCAUGAUUGAUCGAAUAGUUGUUAUAUCAGAAUGGCGUAGAGGAUCUUCUGGUAACUUGGUCAAAAAAUAUUCGUCAAAUGGCGUUAGAUUCCGUUCCAUUAAAAAAAAUGCCCAAUGGUUUGUGACAUGGUCAAUAAAUUUGGAAAGCCGAUUAAAUAAUUACAAAUAUGCAGGUGGCUGGUUUAAUGACUUUCAAUUGUUGGCUCUCGAUGAUAUUAAAGUAGAG